AUGACCAUUGCAAUACCAAUUAUUUUAGAAGAAGAAUCAGAUAAUAGUGAUAAUGAUAAUUAUCAAAUACUAACUGAUAAAGAAGAAGAGAAUUUAAUUAAAAAUCAUAGUGAUAAUGAAAAUGAACCAUUAAUAAAAGAAGAUGAAGAAUGUUAG